AUGGGUUCUUCGUCUUCCUCCUCGAAGCUUCUCUUUCGUCAACUCUUCGAGAAGGAGUCUUCAACUUUUACUUAUCUUCUCGCUGAUAUUUCUCAUCCAGAUAAACCUGCUCUUUUGAUUGAUCCGGUGGACAAAACUGUUGAUAGAGACUUGAAAUUGAUAAAUGAGUUAGGUUUAAAGCUUAUUUAUGCUAUGAACACUCAUGUUCAUGCUGAUCAUGUUACUGGAACCGGACUUCUUAAGACUAAACUCCCUGGUGUGAAAUCUGUUAUAUCGAAAGCAAGUGGUUCGAAAGCAGAUAUGUUUGUUGAACCCGGUGAUAAAGUAUCGAUCGGUGUUCUUUACCUCGAGGUUCGUGCUACGCCUGGACAUACCGCUGGAUGUGUUACAUACGUGACUGGAGAAGAGGCAGAUCAGCCCAAGCCAAGAAUGGCCUUUACCGGGGAUGCUGUUCUGAUCCGUGGUUGUGGGAGGACCGACUUUCAGGGUGGAAGCUCGGAUCAACUCUACGAGUCUGUACACUCACAGAUAUUUACAUUGCCAAAAGACACAUUGAUCUAUCCAGCUCAUGACUAUAAAGGUUUCGAGGUAAGUACAGUUGGAGAAGAGAUGCAACACAACCCGCGAUUAACUAAAGAUAAAGAAACAUUCAAAACCAUUAUGUCAAAUUUGAAUCUGUCGUAUCCUAAGAUGAUUGAUGUUGCGGUACCAGCAAAUAUGGUAUGUGUCCCUACUCAUCCACCAACGUCGCGUCCUCCUCGUCCUCCGUCGCAUCAUCCGGUCACGGGACUUCCUCAUCCGUCUUCGCCUCCCGGAGCAGCUCAUAACGAUCUUUCAGUUCAUCAAUACAUUCAAGAACAUCAAAACGUUCCUGGAUAUGCUGUUGCAGAAGGAAGACAUGUAAGAGAAGAGCGUCUUCCUUGUUGUGGCACUGGAAUCGGUUGGUUCUUGUUCAUCAUCGGUUUUCUCCUUGGUGCAAUCCCAUGGUACAUAGCUUUAUUCCUUCUAGUAUGUGCUAAGAUCAAUCCACAAGAGAAACCAGGAUACAUAGCUUGCGCAAUCGCCGCUGUUCUUGCUACAAUUGCCAUAGUUUUUGGUGUUAUCAAAGGAGGAGUAUGA